AUGGAACAUCUCCCAGUACAUUUGGCUUAUGAAGCAUGGAUUGCUGGUCCUGUGCAAUAUCGGUGGAUGUAUCCAUUUGAGAGGUACCUUAGGAAGUUAAAAAAUAAUGUGAAAAAUAAAGCCAAAGUGGAAGGUUCCAUAUGCAAUGCAUACUUAGUUGAAGAAGCAUCGUCAUUCUGCGCUCAUUAUUUUGAACCCCAUGUCAACACAAGGCAUCGAAAGGUUCCACGCAAUGAUGAUACAGUCGAACAUAUGGAUGAACAUCCAGGGAAUCUAUCAAUUUUCACUCAUUCUGGUAGGCCACUAGGAAAAGGAAAGGUUAGAUAUCUCACAGAACAAGAAUUUCAAGCAGCACAAAUGUACAUCUUGUUGAAUUAUAUAGAAGUAAAACCGUACAUUGACAUUUUUGUUAAUGAGUUACACAUGGCCAAUCCAAAUAUCAAUGAUAAACAAGUUGAUGAGAAACUAGAGCGUGAAUUUGAUAAGUGGUUCAAUAAAUAUGUUCACAAUCCCUCCAACAAUAUAUCAAGCCAGUUUUUAAAGGAUCUAUCAAAGGGUCCAUUAAGAAGUGUUAUGUGCUACAAUAGUUAUGUAGUUAAUGGUUAUAAAUUUCACACUAAAGGUUAUGGUUCGCAUAGGGCAACGAUGAACAGUGGGGUAUGUAUCAAGGGGACUAAUUACAGUACUAAUGAAAGUGACUACUAUGGACAAUUAAUUGAAGUGCUACGAUUGGAGUACCCUGGAUUACCUAUCAAAAGAACUGUAUUGUUUAAAUGUGAUUGGUUUGAUCCAACACCAAAUGUGGGAACAAAGAUUCAUCCAAAAUAUAAACUUGUGGAUAUUAAUCAUAAAAGAUCCUUCAAUAGGUAUGAACCAUUUGUUCUUGCUAUCCAAGCUGCUCAGGUGAAUUAUUCCAUAUAUCCAAGCUUAAAACGUGACAAGGAUGAUUGGUGGGCUGUGUUCAAAAUCAAAGCGAGAUCUGUUAUUGAUCUUCCUGAGCAAGUGAAUGUCACAACCCCCCCUGCACGGGAAGAACCAUUUCAAGAAGAUGAAAUGGAAGUCCCUUUGAUUCAAAUUGACGAUGAUGAUGAUCAACAACAAUAUUUGAAUGAUCAAAACGGUGUACUAGUUGAAAUUAAUGAAGAGGAUGUUGAAGAUGAAGAAGAGCUUGAAUUGGACUCAGAAAGUGAUGAGGAAUGCGAUGAUGUAUAUGAUAGUGAUACUAAUUAGAAUUAGGAUGCGAGGCAACGGUCGCAGGGGAGGUUUGUUGGGUCAUUCACA